GUCACACUAGACAGCACAUCCAGCUAGUGUGCUCGGGACAGUCCAUGUGACGCCUUCCUGCUCUCCUCUAGAUACGGAAGCAUCCUCCCUGUUAUGGAAGAGGACGGGGGACCCCUGCACCAGCUGAAACAGGCCAUGUCCUCCAUCCUGGGCACCUGGCUGUUCCAGUACCCAGACGAUUUCCACCAGCCUCCAGAAUUCCCAUGCCUUAAGACCAUUGUCGCUUACGUAGAGCUCAGCAUGCCUGGCUCCGACCUGGAGCAGCAGGCCCACCUCCUCCUGGCACAGCUGGAGCAACUGGAGCUCCCAGAGGCAGACAGUGAUGCACCAGCUCCAGAACCCGCUGGGGAAGCCCCUCUGGAUGGAGAGCCAGCUCCAGCUCUCCUGCCUGCGACAGCGCCAGAGCCAGAGCAGAGGGACGCGCUGUAA